AUCAUUAUUAUAACGUAUCUAUUCUAUUUUUAAUAUAUUCUAAUCUAAUGUAUCAUAUUUUAUUCAACAAGCUCCUAAGAAGAGACCAAACCCUCAUCAAUAUCCACUCUCCUCCGCCUCCCUUCCACGGACGGGAGCAGAUGCUCUGACUGAAGGUCGGACGCUGGAGCAACAGGGGGCUCCCAUCUGCCGCCGUCUGCCCUUGAGGAAAAACACAGCGCGCUGCACUCGAGCUAUAUUAAAGCACCUGUGAACGAGGAGCUGUCCGUCCAAUGAUAGCUUCUGUUUCAUCUCCUCUGCACCUCCGCACGCACGCACGCACGCACGCGCACGCACUCCGACAGGCAUGCAGGUGCGCGCACACACACACGCAAAAAAACACACACACUACCACAUGCAUGCUCAUACACACGCACACGCAGGCAAGCACGUCAGGACACAAUUUCAUUAUUUGUAUCAGUCAUGCAUUUAGUUCAUGUCUGUUUUCUUUUAAUGUGCCAUGUCAAUGCUUUUUAAUUCGAUUGACCUUAUGCAACCACACCUGGUUUAUAAUGUGGACGUGCAGUGCAUUUCCUUAUCAAAUUAAAAUACUUACUCCCUCGUGGGGCAUUUUUUUUUUUAUAGAUGCUGCUUUAUACGUAAAAUCUGAAGAUAAAUUGGGCAUAGCAAAUACAUCAAAAACCACCUGUUGAUCGAUAGGCGUAUACAGUAGCAUGUGCAUGAGCUGUAUUGGUCGCUGUAUAGUCGCUUCAAACACAAUGCACAUUCUCUCUCCCCAUUGGACAGCGUGGCGCUGCAACCAUCUGGCGGUACGCGCCAAACCUGUGCUCGCGGGCUCUGGAUUCUUUGCGGAUAAAUAACAUUUAAUAUGUGAGUUUCUGAAAUUGAUUUCGAUUGUACAUUAUUACUAAAAUAGAAUGACGCAUCAGGAUCCGCGUAUUUUGUUAUAACGGAGGUCGUGUGGCGGCAGUGCCCCCCCUCGGUAAAUCCACUAUGGUUGAAACCUUUCGAUUGAGCUCUGAGAACGCGCACUAAACCGUACGGGUGCGUCAACGUGGGAUCUGUUCACUUAACGUGGCCGCGGACCGCUGCCAGGCGUUUUAAACGUUUUUUUUUUAGACACCAUUUGUUUCAUGGAAGCGACAUCAAAAACACCGUAGGUUUAUUUCUCGUGCCCGGAGAGUGCGGUCACCGGAAGAUAGUUGCAACCUUGGACUUUUCCCUCGUCACGCGCACUGACAGUGGGUUCUGGCCGGGUUCUGAGAUGACAGAGGUGGAGCCGGUGCUGGACUUUGCCACCUCGGGGCGAUCGGGCCGGCGGAACGCCCUGCCUGACAUCCUGGGUUCUCCGGCAGGCGUGGGCCCCACGGAUCUACCCCUGAAGCUGGCCGAGCUCUCCCUCAAAGAUGGGCCGGGGACCGCCCAGUCACCCACGGGGGAGGUUCCCCAGGCGUCGGCGGAGAGCUCGUCGGAGGGAGGCGACGGGUCGUAGGGACCACCGCGCAUGACUCCCCUCCCCCCACCCGUCCUCUCCACCCACUUUGAAUGGGAUGGGGGGGAGGGGGGGGGAGAGAGGACCUGAAGAAAUCACAAGAGGGAGAGAGAGAGAGAGAGCGUGAGCGAGAGAGGAAGAGAAGCAGUGGUCCUUGUUGCGUUAGCACCGAGCUGCGCGGCGGCGGCGUUAGCAGACGAACCCUUGUCCAGAGGACGCCGAGGAAGCCCUGAUGCCUUCACGCUCGCCGCCGCCGCCGUCUGACACGCAGACAAACAGAGACAACGACAUGUGAAUAGAAAAAUAACCCUUUUUCACCCCAGUGACUGUUAUGCACCCCAACACACACAUACACACACGUGGACCUGUGUGGUUUGUGAGUCCUCUGCCCCCUCUCUCACCUCCCCCCCCCCCCCCCCUACGUCGAGUCGUUACGGGGUUCUUAACAAACAAUGUCUAUACUUUGUAGUGACUGCACUGCUGUUCUCCUAGGAGGUUGUAUACCGUGGAGCAGGAGGAUUUGGACGGACGGUGACCGUGGACCAUGUACAGAGAGACAACCGGCAGCUUUCAAACAGACCAUGGGACCGGGAGGUGGUUGGUGGGGGGGCAGUGGUCCUCUUCUGAGGUUAGGCUGAGGUCUGACGAUGCAUAUAACAGUGUGUGUUUAGUCGUAGGACAUACAUGUGUGAGGGGGUGGAGUCUGGUGGUGCAUCUCGGUGGGGGGAAGACUCCUCCCACGAAUCAGUAAUAGGCUGAAUGCUGUUUUUUUUUUUAAACAUGGACCCCUUCAGAAUUGGAAGAAUGUUUGGAUUGGCAAAUCAUGACAAAACCCCCACGAAUUGUGACUGUUUAUUUUCCUGAAGGGGCUUGGGUCUGUGUGUCUAGGGAAGGAGGGCUGCUACAAGGUUCCAGCCUCUCAAGACAGUUAUCUUGGAGAUUAAUAUUUUUUGACUUUCCUUAAAAGAUACGGCUUUUCACUGCCAGGCUUCAUAGACAUACACGCGUGCACAUACACACACACACACACACGCAAGAUGGUUUAUUUAGUGCCGGACCAAGGCGGUCUUGAAGAGGCUAUACUUUAAUUUCCUUUUAUUCAAAAAUGUGCCUAUAGUGGCAGUGUUUUCAGCCCCGGAGGUAGUCCCUCUCUGACGCAGCAUUAAACAAUAAGAGGCUUCGCUGAUAUAUUGUUUUCCAUUAUUAUUUAGUCGUAUUCAAACAACACUGAAUAAAACAUCCUCCCAUGCUACACAGACGGAACAACGUGUUCAUCCAGCGUUGGAUAAACUCUGGCAUUGCCAUUGAACUCUCGACACUCAAAGAAAGAAAUAAUGAAUCAACAAGCAAACCGACCAAUGAGAGGCGCCAGGCCACCCGUGCACGCCUGGUGUCGGCAGCAUAUGCCCGCCAAACGGGAAGCGAGGGGACGCGAUCCCGGUGACGAUCGCCAACCAUGUGUUUCAUGCGCCGUCGCGGCGAAAUUAUUAAUCACACACUCACCAAAAAAAAGAUGGCAGCACGCACGUUCCUCGCUCCUUCUGUCCCGACACCCCCUCAAAGGCCCGUUCUGCGGGGAGCAACGUGGAAAAAAGGAAAAAAAGUGUUCGCACUCAUCAACACUUCAGCUCGACUGCGAGGGAGAGCGCCGCAGGGAAUGAGGAAAUAUGGCGAGGAAAAAGAAGAAGAAGAAAAAGAGCGAGUGAACAUGGACACAGCUCUCCUGUAACACGUUAUCCUGAUGUCUGAUCCCUGAGGCUGUACUGUACAUAGGCCUAUGUUUUCCCGUGUACAUGUGUGUGAUUCAUGACAUGGUACUUUUUCGACUGGGUACGAUGGAGAUGUUUUGACACUGAUUCUUGUCCGUCUGUGGUCGUGUUACUAAAAAAGGGUCUUGCCAGUCCGCUGUUGACGUUUGUUUCUUCUCUUGCUUGGGAGGACAUUGUAUUAUUAAUGACAAGAAACUGUUUGAAAUUGAUGAUGACCAAAUUCAGAGGUGUAUUUUUGUUCAGUCUUGAUCAGGAGUGGUUCAUAAUUUAGUUUGAUAUGUGGAUCCCAUACCAAUCGAAUGCAAUGUGUUGACUCUUAUCUGGUGGUGGAAAAAUGCCAUAAUAAAUCCCUGGUCUUUGUAUACAUUGCCUUGUAUUGCCUUUAAAGUAUUGGUGUUAUCUCUACUAUGGUACUUUAAGAAUUGACCUUUUGUGUCAGAAAUGAUCUGUACUGAUAAACCAUGACGUUUCAACAAAAAUAGUUCAGAUGUGUCAGUAACUUCCCCUAAAGCUGAGCUUUAGGUUUGUGACAACUUCUCUGAAUGGCCCAGCUAAACCCACCAAUCCCCGGCCCCCAACGACUGUAAUGUGCACAGCUGGCAAGAUUUUCACUAUGCUUUGACUAACUAAACCGCAUUCCUACGAUAAACGUAGGACAGGAAGAACCCAGGUCGCUGAAAACACUGUCUGCAGCUUUAAGUACUAAGGGUCUACUGGCCUACCCCAGGCCAGUAGACCAAACUUGUGAUGAUAGGACUGCUU